AUGUCUACCCCAACGACCUACGCAGCAUGGACCAUUCCGGCAACAGCCACCAAGCUGUCCGACCUAACGAAACAAGAAAAGACUGUCCCAACUCCAGGGCCCAAACAAGUCCUCCUCAAGAUGACAGCAGCCUCCCUCAACUACCGCGACGUCCUCGUCUCCACCCGCUCCCCCCAAUACCCAGGAGACCACAAAUUCGACCUCGUCCCCGGCUCCGACGGAGCCGGCAUCAUCCACUCGACUGGCGCAGGCUCUAUCUGGAGCGAUAAGAAAGGACUCGCAGUCAUGUUCAACCAGAACGGGUGGCUGUCGGGAGACUUUCGCAACCUGGACUUUGCCACGAUCCUAGGCGGCACGAGCCAGGAUGGCACGUUGCAAGAGUAUCUUGUGCUGCCUGAUGAGUGGAUUGUCGAGCAGCCAAAGAACUUGACGGCAGUUGAGGCGGCCUCUCUGACGACGGCUGGGGCGACGGCUUGGUCUGCGAUUCGUGGGCAGCUUGAUGGAAGGCUGGACGGGAGUGUUGGAGAUUGGAUCGGGGGCUGGACUGAUAGGAGAUUGGAAGGGAAGUGGGUGCUUACCCUGGGGACGGGUGGCGUUAGCUGUUUUGCGAUCCAGAUUGCUUCGGCUCUUGGUGCGACGGUCAUCGCUACUUCCUCUUCGGACAGCAAGCUCGAGAUCGCGAAGAGUCUCGGCGCGACGCACCUCAUCAACUAUGUCACCACGCCGGAUUGGGACGAAGAAGUCUCUAGAAUCACUGGCGGCAAGGGCGUCGAUCACGUUAUCGAGACAGGUGGUGCAGGCACGUUGAUGAAAUCCAUCAACAGCACCCGCGUCGGCGGUUUGAUCAGCAUGCCAGGUGUUUUGACACCGAACGCGCCUAUCGAUGCGGCUUUUGUCCCAAGUAUCUUAUUUACUGCAAAGACUGUAAAAGGAUGUUGCGCCUUCCCGCGUAAUGCAGUUGUCGAACUAGCGCAGUUCGUUGAAGCGCACGGCAUCAAGCCAGUGGUGGCGCACGACUAUCCUUUUGACCAGACGGUUGAGGCAUUUGAGAUGAUGGCGAAGCAGAGCGCUGUGGGCAAGAUCGCUGUCAAGAUUGGUGGAGAGAUGUGA